UAAUAGCAGACUCUGAGCCACUGCCAAUUAACGAAAAUUGGAUACAAAAGCAGACUGAAACGAAGGAGGAGAGAAGAAGAAAAGACGGGAGGUUCGCUAUCCGAUCUCCGGGCUGCAGCUGCAUCAUGGGUGCGGAGCUAAGAAGAACCGUGUGGAUUUUGGUUCCGGUUCUGCUCGUCUCUUUGUCAAGAGGGACGUUCGGUGAAGAUGUUUGUGACAGCGCGUUGGUGUCCAAUCUGCCGCCGUCAGCCUUCCGCAGCUCAUCCCAGCUGUCCAGCAGUCACGCUCCGGUCUUCGCCAAACUCAACAGGAGAGACGGAGCAGGAGGCUGGUCUCCGCUCACUUCAAACUCGUAUCAGUGGUUGGAGGUGGACCUUGGACAGAGGACCAGGAUCACAGCGGUGGCCACGCAGGGUCGCUACGGCAGCUCUGAUUGGCUGACGUCUUACUUGUUGAUGUUCAGCGACACGGGACACAACUGGAAGCAGUACCGGCUGGAGGACAGCAUCGGGUCUCUUACAGGCAACAGUAAUGCAGACAGUGUGGUUCCGUACAAGCUGCAGCAGCCGACCAUCGCUCGCUUCCUCCGACUCAUCCCUCUGGGAUGGAACCCGAGCGGACGCAUUGGACUCCGGCUAGAGACGUACGGGUGUCCUUACAUUUAUGAGGUGAUGUCUUUGGAUGGCAGCAGCGGUCUGGUGUACAGUUGGAGCGGCGGGCCGAGGCGAGCGUCCAAAGAGGAAGUCUCUGUGAACUUUAAGAGCCUGAGGAAUCGGGGGCCACUGUUGCAAGCUGUGGGACCGUCUGGGCUGGGCCUCAGUCUGGAGCUGGAGGGAGGGAAAGUGUUGCUUCUGCUCCGAGAAGCCUGGACUUCCUUCCCCGGACCACGUCGUCUGGCCUCGCUGGGCAGCCUGCUGGACGACCAGCAGUGGCACCUAGUGGCCGUAGCGUGUCACGGCACUCGGUGCAAUCUGACCGUGGACCAGCACACAGAGACGGUGGAUCUGCCGCCGACUUUUGACAACUGGCACAUCCAGCAGCUGAGUGUGGGGGUGCUGCCCAAACCUGACCCCCAGAGUAGGAUGUUCCAAGGCUGCCUGGAGAACCUUGAGUACAAUGACCAGAACCUGAUCGAACUGGCCAGACGCAACGACCAUCAAGUGACGAUGACGGGCAAUGUCACCUUCGCUUGCGCUGAGCCACUCUCCGUCGCCGUGACGUUCCCUGGGCCCCGCAGCUUCCUGCAGUUGCCGGGGGCAACGGGCUCCGUGCCUGGGGCGGUGUCGGUGGACUUCCAGUUCAGGACGUGGAACGAGGCGGGGCUGCUGCUCACUUUUGAGCUGUCCCGGCAAGUGGGGGCGCUGUGGCUGUACCUGAGCGAGGCCCGGCUGAGGCUUCAUGUUGAGAAGGCGGGCAGGGUGCUGCUGGAGAUCAGGGCAGGAUCUGCUCUCAAUGACGGUCAGUGGCAUUCAGUGGAGCUGAGGUCCAGACGGGGUCACCUGACCAUCAGCGUGGACAAAGACGAAGGCGGAAGUGGCGUCGCUCAUUCCAGCCCUUCCUUUCCUGUUGCCAUCGAGAAGAACCUGUUCUUUGGUGGAUGUCCUGUGGAGGACGAGAAUCAGGAGUGCAGGAAUCCUUUUACCAUAUUCCAGGGCUGCAUCCGCCAGCUUAUCCUGGACCAGCAGCAUGUGGACCUCAUCCUGGUGCAACAACAGAAGCUGGGAAACUACAGCGACCUCCUGAUUGACAUGUGUGGCAUCAAUGACAGGUGUUCUCCCAGUCGCUGUGAGCACGGCGGCCGCUGCAGUCAAUCCUGGACUCACUUUCACUGCAACUGCAGCGACAGCGGCUACAGCGGCGCCACCUGCCACAGCUCGGUGUUUGAGCGGUCCUGUGAGGCAUACAAACACAACGGCAACACUUCUGGAUAUUUCUCCAUCGACGUGGACGGCAGCGGACCGCUUAAACCGCAGCUGGUUUACUGCAACAUGACAGAGGAGAACACGUGGUUGGAGAUUCAUCACAACAACACGGAGCUGACCACGGUGAGGCAGUCUGGCGCGGAACAUCAACACUUAGUUCGGCUGGACUAUAAAGCGAGCGAAGAGCAGCUGUCGGCCGUCAUCAGCCAGUCGGAUCACUGUGAGCAGGAACUGUCCUACCACUGCAGGAAGUCCCGCCUCCUCAACACUCCUGAGGGCUCCCCAUUAAGCUGGUGGCUGGGCGGUGCCGGUCCGGGUCAACGACAGAAUUAUUGGGGCGGGGCCCAACCAGGAAGCCAGCGGUGUGCAUGUGGCCUGCGGGGCAACUGUUUGGACCCACAACAUUACUGCAACUGUGACGCUGACAGUGCUGAGUGGACUGAAGACUCUGGGCUGCUCAGCAACAAAGAGAGCCUCCCUGUCAGGUCUCUGGUGCUGGGUGACGUCCAGAGGCCGGGCUCGGAGGCCGCCUAUAGGGUGGGGCCGCUGCGUUGCCAUGGAGACAAGAACUUCUGGAACGCCGCCUUUUUCGACAAGGAGACGUCCUACCUCCACUUCCCUACUUUCCACGGGGAGCUGAGCGCCGAGAUUUUUUUCAUGUUCAAAACCACCGCUCCCUUCGGCGUGUUCCUGGAAAACCUGGGCAUCCGAGACUUCAUCCGGAUUGAAAUGAGCUCUCCCACUCAGGUGGUUUUCUCCUUCGACGUGGGCAAUGGACCGCUGGAAGUCCACGUGGAGUCGAGUGCCCCGCUGAACGACGACCGGUGGCAUCAGGUCCGCGUGGAGCGCAACAUAAAGGAGGCGUCCCUGCGACUGGAUGCACUUCCUGCCGCCACAUUGGAGGCUCCUGCCGACGGACACGUUCACCUGCAGCUUAACAGCCAGCUCUUCAUUGGGGGCACGGCGUCCCGCCAAAAGGGCUUCCGGGGUUGCAUUCGCGCCCUGCAGCUCAACGGCGUCACCCUGGACCUGGAAGAGAGGGCCCGCAUCACACCCGGCGUUGGACCCGGCUGCCCGGGUCACUGCAGCAGCUACGGCCCGCUCUGCCGCAACCACGGACGUUGCCUGGAGAGAAGCAACGGCUUCCGCUGCGACUGCGGCCCGUCGGCCUACGCCGGAGUCUUCUGUCACGCAGAAGUGUCGGCCGUUUUCAAGCCGACGACAUCUGUCCGCUACACCUUCAAAGAGCCCUACAAUUGGAGCAAGAACAUCAGCGCGCCGCCAUCCUCCAUCUUGUCUGACUUGAGCCCGAGGACGGAGAACGUGUCCCUGAGCUUCAGGACCAGCCAGAGUCCGGCUCUUCUGCUCUACGUGUCUUCGUCCCAGCGGGAGUACCUGGCGCUGCUAAUCAACAAGCAUGAUAAGCUGGAGGUGCGCUACAAGCUACACAGCAGCAGAGAAGUAGAGGUGUUGAGGAGCAAAGCAAAGAGUUUGGCUGACGGUCGUCUCCACACACUGAACAUGAGGAGAAUGACGGACAUCGUGUCUCUGCAGGUCGACCAAAACGCCAGAGAAGACUUCAACCUGACUUCUGAUGGAGAAUUUAACGGCGUCAAGGCGCUGUUGCUGGGCAGAAUAAAUGAUCCGGGAGACGUGGAUCCAGACUUGGUCCGCUUGGCCUCCCUGGGCUUCAGCGGCUGUCUGUCGGUGGUGCGCUUCAACGCCGUCAGCCCCUUGAAAGACGCUCUGCUCCGGCCAAGCGGCGCCAGUCCCCACGCCUUCGUUGUCAGCGGCCCGCUGCUGAGCUCCACUUGCGGAUCCACGAUGUCCGCCAAUCCCUACGCGGCUCACAACACUCCCCACCUGUCAGACCCGUCAGGUUCAGGCCAACCUUUAGUCAAUGCCAUCCGGACUGAUUCGGCUCUGAUCGGAGGCGUCAUCGCCGUGGUUAUCUUCGUGAUGGUGGCCGGCCUGGCGGUUGCCGCCAAGCUCCUGUACCACAGGAAGGAGACCUAUCGGAACCAAGAAGUGAAAGACGCCAAUUGCGAGGACGGCCAGGACUUUGCGUUCGACCACCAGACGGACUCCCAGAAUGCCACGGGGCAGAACCCAAAGGAGUAUUUCAUCUAGGAAGACUAGAGUUCACGCAUGACAACUUCCCACUUGGACCUUUUUGUCUCUUUAAAGACCAAGUGAAAGUGACGACACAUGUAAAUAGUCACUUGUAAAUAGGAACUUUUUGUGUCUUUGUAUGAGCGCCAUCAAGUUAUUUUAUGAUCACCGCCAGACUUUGCAUCCCUUUCCCUAAAAUUCCGACUUUAAAUUCUGAGACACGCAAAAGUCUUAGUCCAGCACAAGCUAAGAUGUUUUAAUGAGCUUUUACACUAAUCAAUAUUCAUAAAUAAUAUAAUACACACUGAACACAAGGAUUUACUGCAGGGGUGUCCUAACACACACUUUGAUGUAUUUUGCACAUGAAAGACACAAUCCAAUGUAGGUCAAUUUACUCUAGUACAGGGGGUCCCCAAACUUAUUGACUCGGGGGCCGCAUUGGGUUAAAACAAUUUGGCCGGGGGCCGGGCUGUCGUGGUCAAAAGUUUACAUACACUUGUAAAGAACAUAAUGUCAUGGCUGUCUUGAGUUUCCAAUAAUUUCUACAUUUUUUUUGUGAUAAGUGAUUGGAGCACAUACCGUAUUUUUCGGAGUAUAAGUCGCACCGGAGUAUAAGUCACACCGGCCGAAAAUGCAUAAUAAAGAAGGAAAAAAACAUAUAUAAGUCGCAUUUUUGGGGGAAAUGUAUUUGAUAAAACCCAACACCAAGAAUAGACAUUUGAAAAGGCAAUUUAAAAUAAAUAAAGGAUAGUGAACAACAGGCUGAAUAAGUGUACGUUAUAUGAGGCAUAAAUAACCAACUGAGAACGUGCCUGGUAUGUUAAUGUAACAUAUUAUGGUAAGAGUCAUUCAAAUAACUAUAACAUAUAGAACAUGCUAUACGUUUACCAAACAAUCUGUCACUCCUAAUCGCUAAAUCCCAUGAAAUCUUAUACGUCUAGUCUCUUACGUGAAUGAGCGAAAUAAUAUUAUUUGAUAUUUUACGGUAAUGUGUUAAUAAUUUCACACAUAAGUCGCUCCUGAGUAUAAGUCGCACCCCUGGCCAAACUAUGAAAAAAACUGUGACUUAUAGUCUGAAAAAUACGGUAAAUUGUUGGUCACAAAAAUCAUUCAUGAAGUUUGGUUCUUUUAGGAAUUUAUUAUGGGUCUACUGAAAAUGUGAGCAAAUCUGCUGGGUCAAAAGUAUACAUACAGCAAUGUUAAUAUUUGGUUACAUGUCCCUUGGCAAGUUUCACUGCAAUAAGGCGCUUUUGGUAGCCAUCCACAAGCUUCUGGCAAGCUUCUGGUUUACUUUUUUGACCACUCCUCUUGACAAAAUUGGUGCAGUACAGCUAAAUUUGUUGAUUUUCCGACAUGAACUUGUUUCUUCAGCAUUGUCCACACGUUUAAGUCAGGACUUUGGGAAGGCCAUUUUAAAACCUUAAUUGUAGCCUGAUUUAGCCAUUCUUUUACCACUUUUGACAUGUGUUUGGGGUAGAGAUGUCCGAUAAUAUUGGCCUGCCGAUACUAUCGCACGAUAAAUGCUUUAAAAUGUAAUAUCGGAAAUUAUCGGUAUCGUUUUGUUUUUUUAUCGGUAUCAUUUUUUUUUUUUUUUUUUUUUUAUUAAAUCAACAUAAAAAACACAAGAUACACUUACAAUUAGUACACCAACCCAAAAAAACUCCCUCCCCCAUUUACACUCAUUCACACAAAAGAGUUGUUUCUUUCUGUUAUUAAUAUUCUGGUUCCUACAUUAUAUAUCAAUAUAUAUCAAUACAGUCUGCAAGGGAUACAGUCCGUAAGCACACAUGAUUGUGCGUGCUGCUGGUCCACUAAUAGUACUAACCUUUAACAGUUAAUUGUACUAAUUUUCAUUAAUUACUAGUUUCUAUGUAACUGUUUUUAUAUUGUUUUAUUUUCUUUUUUAUUCAAGAAAAUGUUUUUAAUUUAUUUAUCUUAUUUUAUUAUUAUUUUUAAAAAAGGGCCUUAUCUUCACCAUACCUGGUUGUCCAAAUUAGGCAUAAUAAUGUGUUAAUUCCACGACUGUAUAUAUCGGUAUCGGUUGAUAUCGGUAUCGGUUGAUAUCGAUAUCGGUAAUUAAGAGUUGGACAAUAUCGGGAUAUCGGCAAAAAGCCAUGAUUGGACCACCCUAGUUUGGGGUCAUUGUCCUGUUGGAACACCCAACUGCGCCCAAGACCCAACCUCCGGGCUGAUGAUUUUAGGUUGCCCUGAAGAAUUUGGAGGUAAUCCUCCUUUUUUCAUUGUCUCAUUUACUCUCUGUAAAGCACCAGUUCCCAGCAAAACAGGCCCAGAGCAUAAUACUACCACCACCAUGUUUGACGGUAGGGAUGGUGUUCUUGGGAUUAAAGGCCUCACCUUUUCUCCUCCAAACAUAUUGCUGGGUAUUGUGGCCAAACAGCUCAAUUUUUGUUUCAUCUGACACCACACGGACAAAAAUAAGACCUUCUGGAGGAAAGGAAAGUUCUGGAGGUCAGAUUUUGGACGCUGGCCGGCCUGAUACAAAGUUUGGGGACCCCUGCUCUAGUAUACGCUGUACAAGUUUUGUAUUAUAGCUGACAAAGCAAUUCAGUGUGAUAUCCAAUAAUAUAUCUCAUUAUUAAUCUAGUUUAUUGUCACAAUAUGCUAAGAAGCUAUUACAUGUCCCCCGGGACACACUUUGGACACCCCUGCUUUCUUUCACAUGACAAUUUUUCUGCACUUUUUCCAAGUCCAAGCUGUAUAUAAAUAUUUAUGUAUUUGUGUAAUAAGAGAGGGUGUGGCCAAGAAGUGUGCUGGUACAUCGAUGACGAUGAACUGUUCAAAAAUCUAUUAUUUUUCAUAAUAAGUGAAAUCACAGAAAACGUUGAUCGCAAAAAGUGGCCUGGAGCAUUUCAAAGGGCAAAUUGUAUUGUAAUGUCAAACACCGUCGAUUUGACAAUGUCUUUUGUCUACCACUUAUAUCUAUGAUCUACCAUUUAUAUGGUGUCUACCGUGUUGUUAAUGAUGAAGAGCAGGUGGUCGAUCAACAAUUGCUUUAAUGCCGAACUGUACUGUCAAUGGAGUGUCAAAUGGGACAAAGUUCAAUAAAUAUUUAAAUAAU